AUGCCACGGCGUGGCGGCAGCAGACGGCGCGCUCGCCAGAUCCAAUCGACGGCGGCGCGCGACGCAGCUGGCGAUGGGCGGCGCGACGGCUGGGUGCGGGGCUUCGGCUCGGCGUUUCUGGCCGGGGAACGGGCGGCGCGGCGAGGGGGAAAGUCGGGGGCGCUGCUGGCUGGCGCGCCGCUCCCUCUCCAGGCGGAGCUCGCCGCGGCCCCUCCUCGACCGGGCGCCGCCCGGUGCAAGGCGCCUCUACUCCGGCCUCGCGCAUGGUUGUCGACGUCCCAGAUCGCCAGCUCCGCCUUCACCCUGGGCACCGUCGCCGUGCUCCCCUUCUACACGCUCAUGAUCGCUGCCCCCAACGCCAACAUCACUAAGCGCACAGUGGAGAGCACCGCCCCCUACGUGGCCCUCGGCAUCCUCUACGCCUACCUGCUCCACCUCUCCUGGACAUCCGACACCAUCCGCGCCAUGUUCGCCAGCAAGUACUGGCUCUCGGAGUUGCCUGACAUUGUGAGGAUGUUUGCGAGCGAGAUGACCGUCGCCUCCGCCUGGAUCCACCUCCUUGCCGUCGACCUCUUCGUUGCAAGACAGGUGUACCAUAAUGGCAUCAAGAACAACAUUGAGACCAGGCAUUCGGUUUCCCUGUGCCUGCUCUUCUGCCCCAUCGGGAUAGCCGCUCACGCGCUCACUAAGGUACUGGCGGGUUCGACAGGUCGAUCGCACUAACGACGACCAUCGAUUGCGUGUUGGCAGGCUCACCUUGUUUAGAUGGCUCAGAUCGUGAGAUUCAGAUAUAUGAAUAAAAUUGAUUUGAUGCA